GUGAGUUCACCCUCCGCGGCGCGCGGGAUGGCUUCGGCGCGGUGGCGUCUCUUCUCGUUUGUGGCCCUGCUGGGCGUCGCGAGUGGAGCCCACUGGGACCACGCGGUCGAUUUGGACGAAAACUACCGGCUGCUGUGGAGCAUCAACAAUCAGGACAUUACGUUCGAGGUGCAGGCCCGCACCUUGGGCUACGUCGGUCUGGGCUUCUCCACCGAUGGGUCAAUCUACGGCGCCGACAUCGUGAUCGGAUGGGUCGACAACGGGCAGGUUCACUUUCAGGACCGGCACUUCAAGAUGAACAGCAACGGCGAGCCGCACGUGGAUCCCUCGCAGGACUACAUCCUACUGUUGGGGUACGAAAACGCAACCCACACGGUGCUCCGAUUCCGACGGAAGCUGGAUACCUGCGAUACCAACCAGGACGUGCCCAUCACGAACGACACCAUCCGGAUCAUCUACAUGUACCACAACCGGGACCCGAAGAAUGGAGCCCAGGCCAUCGGGACGCUGCCGGAUCCGAACGAGGCCUUCAAGGACUCGGUGCCCAUCUUCCUCACCCAGCGGGUCAACCAGGUUCCGAUCGAGCUGGACUCGCGAACCCGCACCCUGGAGCUGCGCAAUAAAGACGUCGAGAUACCGAUGGGGGACGAUAAUCUGCGCUGGUGCAAGAUGUUCAAGCUGGACCAGUUUGUGCGGAAGCAUCACAUGAUACGGUACGAACCCGUGAUCGAAUCCCGCUCGAAUCUCCCGUUCAUGAAGCACAUCGUGCUGUACGAGUGCCAGGGCUCGACGCCGGAGCUGGAGAUCAUGUCCCGCGAGUUUGGCCGAUCGUGCCUGAAAGCCGAGAAGGAGCUGCUGACCUGCAAUUCGAUUGUGGCCGCCUGGUCUCGCGGUUCCGAGGGAUUCACCUUUCCGCUGGAAGCCGGCUACCCGCUGGACUCGUACCAGGCCCGCUUCUACAUGAUGGAAACGCACUACAUGGGCUUCCAGAGCAACUCGAUCGACAUGCGCCCCCGGAUGGACAACUCCGGCCUGCGGCUGUACUACUCGACGACCCUGCGGAAGCACGACGCCGGUGUCCUGUCGGUUGGCAUUCAACCCAACUGGCGCCACAUCAUCCCGCCGGGUCAGGAAAAGGUCGUUUCCGAGGGCCAUUGCAUCGAAGAGUGCACCCAGCGGGCGUUCCCUCGACCUGGGAUCAACAUAUUCGCCGUCAUGAUGCAAACCAGCCAUAUGGGCAAGCAGGUCCGACUGAGGCAGAUCCGGUACCGCGAGGAAUUGCCCACGAUCGCUCACGAUUUGAACGUGGAUGCAAAUUAUCAGGAAUUCCGGAGACUGCACAGCCCAGUCAAAGCACUGCCAGGCGAUCGCUUGAUCGCUGAAUGUUCCUAUGAUAGCACGUCGAGAAAAACGAUCGCCCUCGGAGGAUACACGUCUCGAGAUGAAACUUGCUUGGUUCUCAGUUUGUACUAUCCACGCCAGAAGGAGCUCACGUCCUGCCACUCAAUCCCUAGUCUGCCAACGGUGCUGCACGCCGUCGGUAUCAACGAGCUGGCCACCGGAGCGAACCCAAUCCGGAUAGCAUCGCCUCCGGAAAUCGCCGGCAUGACCCUGGAGGAACGCCUCCUCUCCUACGAUUGGAGAGUCAACUUCAACGCGUUCCAGUAUGUGAUACGAAAGGGUGCCUUCAAGCCGCUCUGCUGGAGCGCCCGGAACACUCCCAUCCCGGGCACCGACAACAUCGACGCCUAUGCUCCGAACCUGACCCGUGUUUGGCGACCGACGCCCACGUGUGGCGUUUCGAGUUCGUCGUCUGGCAGCAGCGGUGGCUUCAACAGUGUCAACCGGUUCGCCACCGACCGGGAUGCGUCCAACGGGCCCAGCUGGACCAUGAUGGAGGAGGACGACAACAACAAUGUGAUCGAGGGUGCGGCGCGGAGCAAGUCAAUCCGCAGCUCAACGACGGCCGGAAUGGCACAGUCCGGCACCACAACCGUGGUCUCCAAGGUGGCGCUCUUUGUGAUCUUCAUCAAUACGGUCAGGUUAGCGGCGGUGCUGUGAUGAUGAUGAUGACGACAAUGAUGAUGACGAUGAUGUGAAGGUGAAAUGAGCGAGAUGAUGCGCUGUGAUUGGUGAUAGGUAGUAAAAUAGCGUAAAUAAGAAAGAGGAAACCUAAGGAAAUAUGUAGUCCAGGGACGCACCGGGAGAGGGCACCCCGAGGAGAGACCAUAGAAAAACAAGACUGUGUAUAGCGAUAGCGAGAAUGACCGAGAUGAGGAAAGAAGGAACGGGAGAAAGAAAUGAAUAUUUUUGUACAGGUUUUCUUUAUUGUGAAGCGGUAGAUUUUGUUCGGUUUUCUUGUCGAGAAAAUCGCUAGUCAUUUGAACAGAUUCUGUUGAAUAGUAUUUAAAGCGAAACGACCAAUCAAUGGAUGAUGGCAGGGGGGCAGAAGCAGAAGGAAUGGUCGGCGAUUGACGCGAUAACUGCCAGGGUUUCGAAUUAUUUAACUAGAAAAGAACCAAGUGGAACAGCUAGUAUUAGGGGAUAGAAGCGGUGUAGACAAUUGUAAUAUCCAUAUUUGAUACACUUGAGCCAGUUGUUAGACAUGUAUAUUUUGUACAUACGCGAGAAGGUGCCGAUUGAGUGUAUUAUUUUUGUACAUAAAGUAGGACUAAUAAAAAAUUUACGAUGAA